GUUGUCAAAUCCUAACCCUAACGUGACUACUCAUCCAAAUUUGAAUAGUCCUAGUCAAGUACCAAAGCUUAUUUCAAUUUGUAUUUCCUACAAUCAAUAACGAUACUUCAAUUACCAGAUAUUAUAAGAAGAGUGAUCCAAUAUUCACCAUGGUCCCAGGAAGGCCUCCGGUUCCAGAUAAUCCUCUAGCGCUCUCGUGGCAUGACAGUGCCUGGAUUCCGAUGCUUAAUCCAAGCAAUAUUAUGGAUUAUUUUUCAGAACGUAGCAAUCCGUUCUUUGAUAGGACUUGCAACAAUGAAACUGUUAAGAUGCAAAGACUCAAUCCUGAUCAGUUGACGAACAUGACUGGAUUUGAAUAUAUUUUACUGCAUGUACAAGAGCCAAUUCUCUAUGUGAUUCGCAAACAACAUCGACAUUCGCCCACUGUAGCUACGCCUUUAGCGGAUUAUUAUAUUAUAGCAGGCGUUGUUUACCAAGCACCAGAUCUAGGCUCUGUUGUCAACUCGAGAUUGUUAUCUACAGUUCACCACUUGCAGUCAGCCUUCGAGGAGGCUAGUGCAUGCUCGAGAUAUCAUCCAAGCAAAGGAUACACGUGGGAUUUUAAAAAUGGCAAAGCAUUACCAGCCAAAAAAGAAGUACCGGUUAGAGAGGAGCCUAGUUCACUGUUUCAACGUCAAAGAGUAGACAUGCUGCUUGCCGAACUGACUCGUAAAUUUCCAUUGCCUGUACCAAAGCCUGUACAACCGGCUGUCGAAUCUGCUGUGGAAACCAAGCAAGAAAUAAAGACUGAAAAGAAAGACAUGAAACCACCUCCUGAGAAAAAACCGAGAAUUAAUUAAACUUAUCAGAUACUGCAACAAAUGUACAUACUAUAUAAUUCCUAUGAAGUUUGUUUUAUGACCACAGACUAUUAAGAGUUUUUAUUCAGAAUAUGAUCAAAAUGAAUUUAAGCUGGAAUAACAUUUUUAUGCUCAAUAAAACAAUGCAUUUUUUAUCCAUG